AUGGCAAGGCUUGCGUGCGUUCGGCGCUUUGCUUUGCCUUUGGUGCUCGCAGGCUUGCUCUCAGGGCCUUGUGCAACCUUGUGGCUUGCGGGCACUUCACAUGGAUUUCGAGCUGCGCGGCUGUCAGCGACCAACAUUCUCCGCCGGGUCAGGCCAGAACACACGAAAAAGUUGCGCAAAGCCAAAGAGGCCCUGUCCCAAGACAGCAACCUCUUGAGGGCACAGAAGCGUGCAACGAGCCAGAUUGCAGCGUGCAAGUCUGCUGAAGAAGUUCUAUCAGUAGUGGGAAGCACAAGGCCACAAGAGUUGAACGAGAUAUCCUUGUCCGCUAGCAUCACGCGGAUUGCGCAGCUACAGCCGCAGAAUCUGGCAUCCCAGCAGCAGCAGACUCCAACGUUCGAGGCUUUGCUCGAACGUUUGGACGAAUACCUGCGCAAUCCAGCAGUUCAACACGUCUCAGUGGCCAGCGUCUUGUGGGCCAUUGCAGCGUCACGUGAAAACAUCCCAGAGUUUCAGAAACUUCUGCCAGCAGCUGUGCUCGGUCUUGAAUCUUCAGUUCACAAGAUGCGGGAACGGGAGAUCACCAACUCCAUUUGGGCUGUUGCAACAUUGCACACCUAUGUUCCUGAGUCGCGUUCUUGUUUGAAGAUCGACUCGGUGUGCGAGCUGUUUGCGGGCCAGCCGAGAACAUUUGGAAGAAUACGAAGUGUCCAAGCCGUGGGGAACGCUUUGUGGGCACUCGGACGUCUCAGGAAUGUUGCUCCUCCCCGACUUCAAGAGCAGCUCGAGCCAGUUCUUCUCGCACGUUGUCGUGAAAUACUUGCAUGCGAUGUGUUCCAGGUGGACAGGACUGUCAGGUUGAGUGGCGUGGCUCGUGUGGCAUGGGCCCUGGCAUUGUUGGAGCGCCCAGAUGAAGGAAUAUUGGGAAGAGUUCGGCACUUUUUUGUGGAGUCAGCUGGGACGUGCUCCGGAAGUCGUUUGCUACCCUUUGUAGACGUGCUGUGUGCCCUUGCAAAGCUCAACAUGACGGAUGGUGGCCUCGUUGAAGUUGUAGCUGCGCGUCCAUGGUCUUUGAAGUCGAUGCGCGAUUGGGAUCUAUGUGCUUUAACCUGGUCCCACGAGGCUCUGGAUUUGCAGAAGAGGUUCAGCAACUUCCACGCUACGCUGAGGAAAGAGAUUGCAACCCGCAGAUUGAACGAAGGCCAUAUCUUACAUAGCCAACUUGGCUACGAGGAGUGGAAUACCAACCUUGAUGAGGAAGGCCUGUGA